UAGAAAAUUUGUUCAAAGUUUAAUUUGACAUCAUUUGUAAUCAUUUGCGGAGAGUAAAUAAGUGUGUGUCUGUCUCACUCAAACAAUAACUUUAAUAAGAAACUACCCAGGACUUCGAUGCAGGUUCCACGUGAGAACCAAGUGAAUUAUCCUGGUUGACGCCUGCUCGGCCUCGGAGGAGCCAGAGUGUCUGAGGACUUGUCGCCCCACUUGAGACCAGAAGCACCGAACACCCAUAAACUGAGAGGGGAGCUCCCCUUACAGCUGUCACAUAAAAUUAGACCCCCACACAGUCGUACUGCAGCCUCCAGCAGGACAGGACAGCUGAGACAGAUCCUGCAGGAGAUGGACCCCAGCUACAGAACCAGUCUGUACUUUGGAAGUUGUACAAGAUGCAGUGAAGCAGUGUACGGAGCAGGGAGAGGCUGCCGGGCGAUGGGACGUUUAUUCCACGACACAUGUUUCACCUGCAGCGUUUGCAGUAAAAAGCUGAGUGGGCAACCAUUCUACACAGUGUCGGGAGGAAUCUACUGUGAAAAUGACUUUUUGUACUCAGGAGUUCAUCCAGCCCCAGAGGUGUGCAACAGCUGUGGGUAUUUAAUCAUGGAUAAUACGGUCCUGCAGGCCCGUGGGAGGGCCUACCACCCGUCCUGCUUCCGCUGCGUGGUCUGCAGCCAGAGCCUGGAGGGUCAGCCCUUCUCUGUGGACUCAGACCGCCGGGUCUACUGUGUCAGCGACUACAACAGGCUCCGGGCCCCCUGCUGUGCCGCCUGCAGAUCACCGAUACUGCCAACUGAGGGGUCUACAGAGUCUAUAAAAGUGGUGUCACUAGACAGAAGUUACCAUGUCGAGUGUUUCAGUGGGGACGUGAACCUCAUCUAAGGACAGAAUCCAGCUGACGCACUUUGUUUGUACAUGUACAUAGUUUAUUUAUGAGUUCAUUCCUCAGUAAGUGGUUACACCAUUUUUGGUCUGCAAUUAAAAUCCCCAGAAAACAGA